UUUAGAGUUCAAGAAUGUUAAAGGGUGAUUACGUAUAAAACUACAACUCCCAUGCUGCUUCCUCUCGGCAGCCGCCGCCGUGUUGUUCGUAUAGUGUGAUGUUGAUGUUUUGGCUCAGUUGGAGAGGCGUUACGGUUAAUGGUAGAUUUUCCUUCAUCUUUCUCCCGCUGCAGUUUACCUCUAAAACAGCUGGUUGAGAGAUGUCCGACAGCUCCAGUGACACGGAGUCGUCCUGCGGAUGGACAGUCAUUAGUAAUGAGGGUUCGGAUAUUGAGACACUGGGGCCGGAUAACGCCGGAGAGUGUGAGGAUGGAGCGGUUAGCCGUGCUCCAGACGUACCUGAUGCCAAGUGGGGUGAGGAGAGUUUGGGAGAGUCCUCACUAGAUCUCACACUGAGAGAUGAGGUGGCGGCGGAGGCGGAACCGGCCCGAGAGGCGGGUGGAGAAGAACAUGUGAUCCUUUGCUCCUCCAGUGAGAACUCUGACAUCAUCAUGCUGGCGGACUCUCGGGAGGCGGAGACUGACUCGUGGGAGGAGCCUGUUGCUAAGGAGGCGGAGGAAGCAGGAAGUGAGGAGCUCGAGGAUCUCGGAAGCUCGUCGAGCAGCCAGUACACGUUUAGAGAGUCGGAGACGAUGUUCCCAGCGGAUCAGCCUGUGCAGCGAGACGACCGUAACAGCAGCAGUGAGGAUGAGGAGGGUGAGGUGAAGGCCAGUCCUGUGGUGAGGAGGCGCAGAGUGAGGAGGAGCACCGCUGGCUCAGAGCCUGGAGACCCGCAGGAGCCCGAGCUGUUUGAGGAGAUAGGAGCUCAUCUGGACGGACGCGCUGCUCCCGUCAGCGGCACCCUGAACAAAUGCAUUUUACUAGCGCUGCUCAUCGCCAUCAGCAUGGGCUUCGGGCAUUUCUACGGCACAGUCCAGAUUCUGGAGAGGCAGAGGAUCGUGGAAAAGAGUCGCAUGAAUGAGCUGGAAGCGCCGUGUAAGAGAGAGCUGGAUGUUGUAAGUAAGGAAGCGGUUGAGAAUCUCAGGGAAGACCUAGAGGUAAAGCAAGACAUGGUGCUGUCCCUCAUGAACGUCAUGGAUAAGAUAACUAAAGAAAACCAGCAUCUCAGAGUCAAACAGGAAGAGUUACAGGCGUCUCUGUCGGCUCUGCAGGAGGAGCUGCGGUCCCUGCGGGGACAGAUACGAGAGCUGGAGGAGAGAGGGGCCGGGGCCGACUCCAUCAUGUCCGAGAACCAGCGACUGAAGGGCCACUUACAGGAGGAGAAACAGAAAGUGCGCAGCUUCAUGAGCCACAGAGAAGCGCUGAUGGCCGAAGCCCAGGAGCUGCGGAAAGAGCUCGAUAAAGAGCGCAAGGUGACCGACAAGCUCAAGGAGGAACUGGAGGAAAUGAGGAAAGAGGACGUCGAAGGCAAGACGGAUCCCGAGACGGAAGAACUACAGGCGCGACUUCAGGAGCUCGAGAACAAGCUGAAGUUCGAGCAGCAGCGCUCCGAUCUUUGGGAGAGACUGUACGUGGAAUCGAAGGAGGAGAGAGCGAAGGGCGACCGGGAUGUGAAGACCAAGAUUCCCAAAGACGGGAUGCUGGGAAAAGUGAAGGAAACCUUCGACGCUGUGAAGAACUCCACUAAGGAGUUUGUGCACCAUCACAAGGAGCAGAUCAAGAAAGCCAAAGAGGCGGUGAAGGAAAACCUCCGGAAGUUUUCCGACUCUGUUAAAACGACGUUCAGGCAUUUUAAAGACUCGGCUUCGAAGGUCUUCAAUCAUCAAAAGAGAAUUCACGACGCCAAACCCGAGCAUCACUCGUUCCAGCAGGAGCAAAGAAACAAGCGCGCUGAAGACUGGCAGCCGCAGAAACCUUUACACCGACAUCCUCGCAAAUCAACCCUCGACUCCGUUCACGCCGAUCGCAACACGCGCAAACCCAGCGCUCGGAGACAGCACGGCAUCAUGGGACAGAAAACGCCGCCCAAAGGCUGUUCUGGAGUGUUCGACUGCGCCUAUCAGGAGUCCAUGAGUCUGUUUAACAAGGCCAUGGAUCCCAUCCGCACAGACGAGUUUAACGAGCUCCUGCGUAGCUAUUUGCAGAAAGAAGUGGGGCAUUUCCACCACUGGAGGGAGCUGGAGAGCUUCAUCGGUAACUUCUUCUAUAACGGCGUCUUCAUUCACGACCAGAUGCUGUUUACGGACUUCGUCAGCGGCGUUGAGGAUUACCUCGAGGAAAUAGACGAAUAUCACAGCCUCAGCGACGACGUGUUUGAGGAUCUGGACGACUACAUUUAUCGCCACAUAUUUGGAGAUGCGUAUUUAAAAUACUUUGGGCCGAGUCGACCCUUCGAAGGGCCGGGGUCGAAGGUCAAGGCGUGGCGUCAGUGCCAGCGGCAGCCUCGUCCUCAGAGAGCCAAGAAAUGGAGCCAAUCGGGACGCGACCCCAACCGACAGUUCGCAGAUGUCAAAAUAGAGCUGGGUCCCAUGCCCUUCGAUCCCAAAUAUUAGAAGAAACAUUUCAGUUCUUCUCAAUAUCGCUCCUGUUUUGUUUGUUUUGCAUUUGUUUUGUCUUGGAGGAGGUUCAAGAAAGCUUUGGGUUCACCUUUUCUGUGAAUUUUUUUUUUUUUUGCACAGUGUAAAUGUUUGAAUGCUGGUUGAAUGAUUUCGAGUGCGUUUCUCUUUCUGGACUUUUAAGCAGCUUUAGAAUUAAUUACAGGUAUUUUUGAGGCACAUUUAUGUUCCCAUUCCAUGAAAAAGUAUCGCAAAUUAUUUUGGAUUACUAACCAAAAAGGCACUUUGUUUUGUUGCGUUUUAAUUAAUUAUUAAUGUUUUCUAAACAAACAAAACUAGAUCAGAACAAAAAUGUAUGUUUAAUUUUGCUUAGGACCAAAUAACCAAUAAAAUACAUUAUAUUGAAAUCAUUUUCAUCUCAAAAGUUCAGUAGAGUUGGAAGGAUAAUGAAAACUGCUCUUAAUUAUAAAGCUCACUUUGAAGUAAUCUGCUUUCUGCCGUAUGUCACCGGUUUUAUUUGAACAUGCAAAUCAGUAGAAGAUAUUAUUUAAGAUUUAGUUUCAAUCUGCACUUGUUAGUGCACUAUUUUGCCCUCUUGUCUGUGUGGUUAUCGGCUAAAUUACAUUCCUUGUUUGGAAAUGGCUGUAAUGCAAUUGCACACAAAUGCACUUAAACUGCUUAAUGUUGCACUUAAAACUUUAGAAUAAAAGUCUUUCACUGCUUCA